AAAAAGUGAAAAUAACAAACAGUAAUCGAUUUCGCAAAUUCAAAUGAUUUUGAUUCAUCGUAGGUUUACAACAAUCUAAACACGAGAAGACGGGGCGAGAUUUGAUCGUUAUCACAGGGAAGUAAAACACUGACAGAAUGCGAUAAGAAGGGAUCAUGCAGCACAGGGAUGAACCCCAGGUUAUAAAUCACUGAACACUUAUCUUAAUUAUGUAUAUAACUAUACACCACUGUGUUUCGCUGUUUGUACUUCCCUUUGAAUUUUGAUGCACCUCAGACUUAACAAAAAUAUACAUCAAAACAAUGCUGCAAAAUACGACAGUGGACAUGCCAGACAGUGACGCCAUGGCGGUCGCCAAGAAGAUGCACUGGGUCACCUCUUCCAUCGUUGCAUUAAUCUUUGUCGUCAUUGGAAUCGGUGGAAACGUGCUGUCUCUCAUUAUCUGGAGCAAGACGUCGAUGCGAUCCUCUACUGGGACCUAUUUGAUCUUUCAAGCAAUCGCUGAUGUAUCUGUUCUCGUUUUCUUUGUACUUUAUGACAGUAUUGGUCAAAUAAAUCCCGAUAUUUUGGGCCAAAAAUCGUACGGAGAAUUCUACGCUUACUUUGGUUACCCAUUCUUCUUCCUGUCAGUAAUCGUCAGUAUUUGGAUGCUUGUUGGUGUAACAGUGGACAGGUAUAUACAAGUCUGCUGGCCACACAAAUCCCAGGAUUUCUGCUCUCAGCAUAGGGUGUUCUUGGGAGGAGGAAUUAUAUUUCUUCUAUGUUUCAUCAUCAACAUUCCGCAUUUCAAAACUUAUGAACCCUUAGACACACCGAUGGACGGAAAGGCAUUCAGUCUGACGGAAUACGGCCAAAGCGAGGGGAGCACUAAUUACGAGUUCUGGGUACACUGCAUGUUUCUGGUUCUUGCGCCUUGGCUUUCCAUUUUCACCCUCAACAUUCUCAUCCUACGAAGGGUGUUUACAUCAAACAGGAAGUCCAUGUUAAAGAAAGAAAAGACACGGAAAGCGGAAACUCAACUGACACGCCUUCUUUUGACUGUGACCUUCACCUUCUUGGUUCUCAUCAUAUUCCAGUGCGUCACACAAUGCUUCUUCAUGCUGAAACCGAAAGAUGUUGAUUACCGCAUGGUAAGCGAGGCGUUCUCCAUUGCCAAGCUUGGUGUUGUUAUCAAUUCCUCCGUCAACUUCUUCCUGUAUUGUUUGAGCGGAAGGAAGUUUAGAAAGGAGCUAUGGAAAGCAUUGUGCUGCUGUAGAGGAGCACAUGUUGCUUUGAACAAAAUAAGCUCCGUCACCAGUACAAGUGGGACAGAGUCCACCAAACUCUAACAUGAAACUCUCAGUCUGUAGAGUCCACCAAACUCUAACAUGAAACUCUCAGUCUGUAGAGUCCACCAAACUCUAACAUGAAACCCUCAGUCUGUUUCACAUAUUCUAUAUGUAAGGAUACAUUUAUUCUCAUUCUAACCCUCAACAGAUUUUUUUUUUUGUCGAAAGUAAACAAGGUUAUAAAAUUUUCAUACUGUCAAAAUUUCAACUUUUUCCUAAUGGUUUGGCACUUUUGUUGCAAAAACAAUACUGAAAAAUUGGAAAAGAUCCAAGAAAGAGUGUUUAUUUUUUAGCAAUCUAAUUAAAAUUAGAUGUUAGGUCCGCUCAUAUGCUCGCUACACAAACUAGCGAGUAUGUGAGCAGAUCUAACAUCUAGCGAGUAUGUGAGCGGAUCUAACAUCUAAUUUUAAUGAGAUUGAUUUUUGAGAAGUGUUAUUGUGGCUAUGGUGAAUAACUGUCAUUUGCUAACAUACAUGUUCUAACUUUGAGUAUACGCAGGAUGCGAAGUAUGACCAUUUUAUGUAAAUUAUCAUCAGACAUGUUUAAGAGUUAUUGUCAAAUUCAGAAAACUACAUAAUUAUUGAAUAUAUUUGAAAUUCCUAAGGUCUGUAGAAGGACCGACGGUGUUAGGUAUUUCAAAUGUCAACCUUCAAUUUAACGCCCUGAAAUGACCUUCCAAAACAUCAGAAAGGAAACAAAAUAUCAAUUCAAAAAUCUUAUACAGCUUUGCAGUAAAACUAUUUAUAGAAAUUGAUUAGAGAAGCUUGUUUGUGUGUGUGUGACUGUGGUGUGUAACGUGUUUUAGGUUUAAUUUUGAUUUGAAUUAUUGAUAUGCACCAACUAGUGCUUUAUGUGUAGGGCGCAAACUGUGUUACAUGUAUGUUUUUCCAAAAUAAAUAUUCUUCUUAUUA